GUUGCGGCGAAAGUCGACACCUCCGAGCUGAAGCUCUUCCACUUUUCGUCGCAAUAAACACAACUCACACAUUUCUUCCACCGACCGUCGGAAGCACACUAUGAGACGUAGUACAGUGCAGAUAUCCAGACGACUGGUGUCAGAGAGACUCGCCUCGUCGCGACGUGCUCUGACUUGCUCCGGCGCAAGAAAUCCAUCCACCAGCUCUAGAGAGUGGUCAACGCCUCUGGCAAAGACUUUGGGAGAGGCAAUUACAACGACCGGACCUAUUUCCGUAGCUGCUUAUAUGCGACAAUGCCUCACCUUUCCCGAGACUGGCUAUUACACUCAAUCAGGCGAAGGUAAGGACCCUUUUGGCCAGAAAGGUGACUUUGUAACAUCACCCGAAAUCUCCCAGAUUUUUGGCGAACUCAUCGGAUUAUGGUUUGUGGCCGAAUGGAUCGCUCAAGGUAGAAAAAGCAGCGGUGUCUACUUGAUGGAGAUGGGCCCUGGACGAGGAACCUUGAUGGACGACAUGUUAAGAUCGAUCCGUAACUUCAAACCCUUGGCUCAAGCCAUCGACGGCAUCUACAUGGUCGAAGCCAGUGCCUCGCUACGUCAAGCUCAGCACAAGCUUCUUUGUGGUGACCACCCUCUGGAGGAAAUCGACAUCGGCUACAAGAGUACAUGCAAGUACACUCCAGACCUCAAGAUUAUCUGGUGCGAGGACAUUCGCUUCGUCCCGAGAGAAACGGACAGCUCGCCCUUUAUCGUUGCCCACGAGUUCUUCGAUGCUCUGCCCAUCCACGUGUUCGAAUCUGUCAAGACUCAGGCUGCACCAAAGCAGAUCCGCACACCUACCGGAGUCCACAAGGUCGACCCAUCAGCCACCGGAACACCAAAUUCAGUCUCCCAAUGGCGCGAACUCGUCGUCUCACCAACCUCGCCCUACGCAACUCACGACUCUCUAAAUACACCCAAAUCUCAACGUGAUCAACCAGUCCCGGAGUUCUCACUCACACGUUCCCAAGCGGCAACACCCCACUCCCUCUUCCUCCCCGAACAAUCUCCCCGCUACAAAAACCUCAAGGAAACCGAAGGUGCCCUCAUAGAAGUAUCGCCCGAAUCUCAAACCUACGCCGCAGACUUCGCCGUCCGCAUCGGCGGCGGUCAAAGUCCAUCAGCCCUCUACACUACCCCCGACCAAACGCCCCCACCCAUCGGCCGCCGCGUCUCUCCCCGUCGCGCCCUCGAGCAAAUCGUCAAAAAACAAGCCUCUGGCGCCGCUUUGAUCCUCGACUACGGAACCCCAACCACCAUCCCCGUAAACUCUCUCCGCGGAAUCAAGCAACACAAAAUGGUCUCUCCCCUCUCAGAACCCGGAAAAGUGGACAUCAGCGCCGAUGUCGAUUUCCUAGCUCUGGCUGAAAGUGCGAUAAACGCUUCUUUGCAUGUAGAAGUGCACGGACCGAUCGAUCAAGCGAGAUUUUUGACGGCCAUGGGGAUUGAGCAGAGGGCUGCGCAACUUGUGAAAUUGGCUGUUGAUAGGGAGAGGGGGAGUGUGGUUGAGAAGGCAGGGGAGCAGAAGAGGACGAAGGGUGAGUUGACGGAGACGGUCAAGAGGAUUGAGGGGGGUUGGAGGAGGUUGGUGGAUACGGGACCGCAGGGUAUGGGCAAGUUGUAUCAGGUCAUGGCGAUUUUACCGCAUGUGCCCAAGGAGGGAGAGGCGCCUAGGAGACCUGUGGGCUUUGGUGGUGAUGUUGCGUUGUAGAUGCUUCUUGAAAACAAUCGCGUCGGACUCUGCUGACGUAGUGGUUUUGGACACUAUGGUUGAAAGAAGAUGGAAGACUCUCCACUUUUGAUUGGACUAUGUAGAUCCAUCGAUCCUCCAUUCUGCUUGAAAAUCCCCUCACAUUGAAUACGAACGGUUAUGAA